AUGUCGAAGGACGAAAGCUGUGUGGUUAAACCAGGAGACAUCAACUCCAAUGAAGAACCAGAAAUCCCCUUAGGUUUGAACGAAUUCCUUAGAAGAGUGGCUCCAGCCAUGAUGGAGCAGCUGGAACAGAACGAUAGGGAAUUCCUGAAUGAUUCUUCCGAUUCUGACGAAGAAGAUGUCAUAACCGCGAAGCUUUUCCAAGAGAUUAAAUUAAAGCACGGCAUAGGGUGCGGAGACCACGACACGUCGAUCUUGGGAGUGACAUGGAGCAGUGCUGGUAACUCCCUCGCUGUGUCCAUCGGAGCGAUGCAGCACGAAACAUGGUGUCAAAACUCUGGACUGAUUAAAGUUUUCAUGUUGAAGCGGAGCGAGGAACGAUUUGUGCCAGCUAUGGAAAUUACAGAACAAGACUGCGUCAGUGUUCUGAAGUUCCACCCAACGGUGGCAGCUUUGUUAGCGUAUGGUACCACGUCUGGUGAAAUAGUGCUCUGUAACUUGAGGAAUGGAAGUUUAGAUGAAGGCACCCAGCUGGCUUCUCCGUCAGGAUGUCACGGUUCCAGGCGAGUGUCGGCCCUGCAAUGGGCGGACGCGCCGCUCGCUAAUACGUUCUUAUUGAUGCAAAUAACUUAUAAGGGAAAACGACGAGGAGCUGCUGAUCAGGUGUUAUUUUCCGCCGGUUGCGAUGGUACCCUCAACGCUUGGCAAGUCAACGCUGACCAGAAAGUCUUCGAAAAUAUAGUUUGCUACAACAUCAACGGUGAUCAGAACUUAGCGCCAGAUAUAACCUGCUUCGAUUUCAUCGCUAGCUACCCCCUCCGACCAGCUGAUGAGAAGGUUCCCGAUAACGUGUUCGUGGUGGGGACAAAGACUGGGAAGAUAUUUCUGUGUAAAAUAAAGGGGGAUAAGGAGGCGGUGGACCCGGUGUAUGAUGUUUUGGAGGGUCACGCCACUUGUGUGCUUGAUUUGACUUUCAGUGUUCAGAGACCUGGUAUUUUCGUGUCGAUUUCCAUGGAUUCUGAGCUGAGGGUCUACGAUAUUAAUCAGGGGAGUCCUUUGAAGAUCGUCUGCCUCGACAUCCCGGUGUCGUGUAUGAGCUGGCUGUCACCACCGUGCGUGGUGUUGGGGCUGGCGGGGCGCGAGAGCUCCCUGCGCGUGUACAACGUGAACAGCGGUCGCGCCGUGCCCGUCUGCGGUUUGACCGGCUGCGGGGACAUAACUUGCGUCACCGUCAAUCAGUUUGGGUCAAGUCGUAUCGCCGCAGGAGACAGCGACGGCAACGUUAAGAUUUGGGAGUUGCCAACGCGACGCAUCAAACUCUCGGACGAUGAUUUAGACUUUUAA